UGGAAUUCUCUGACUCCAACCUCUCCGUGUUUCCUGCCGUUCCGUCACCAGAUACUAGCAGCAGCCCUUCUGAGGAGAGCCCUUCACCCAAAGAAGUAUUAUCGCCAACAAAAAGCUGUCGCACCAUCCUCAUCUUCAUUUCUCCGCCGGCCCCAUUUCUAUUUCUCGACGCGUCCGUCGCUCCCCCGGAUCCGUCAACCACCGAUUCCAUUCCCCCACUUACCCUUCACAACCGCCAAGCUGGACUCCUCCGUCGUCAUGUCGAAUGCGCCUCCGCCUGCGCUCUUACCGCCGCCUGAGGGCAUCUUCCGGACCUUCGAAGACCUUUUAACAUCGGUCCAGCGCGUCGCAAAAGACCAGGGAUAUGGAGUUGUCAAGCUGCGCGCCUCCAAUUACCGCGAUGGCAAGCCUACCCGCUACGACUUGGUUUGCGACCGCGGCGGCGUCAAGUACAGCAGCACCGCUAAGAAGCGCAACCCAUCGACGCGCAAGGUCGACUGCCCAUGGCGCGCAAAGGCCGUUUGUGAGGUCCAGCUGGGAAACCAGUGGCGUUUUGCUGUUCAGGAGGGCAGUCACAACCACGAGCCUCGCAUCGCGACCGCCCCUCCCGGCCAGGAAAACACCCCCCUCGCCCAAUCGAUCCGCUCCUUCACCAACAAGAUUGAUCGCCUCAACCACGACAUGAACCAAGGCUUCGUCCGCAUCGAACAAGCUCUUGACACGAUGAACAAGCGCCUAGAGAAUCUUGAGAAUCGUGCGGGAGGGUACGAGCCUCGUUUCCAGAAUAUGGAGUCGCGGUUGCAAGGCAUGGAGGCCCGUGGAAGCAUGGAGCUGCCCAUGGACGAUGUCGACGCUCGACUCCUAUCAUCUUCGGUUAUGUAGGAGAACGACCCGGUUGACGAGUCGGGCUUCGCGGCCUCGAAUGGAUCCGAGGACCAUGUAUGGGCGUCUACUGACUGACCACGCCUCGGCACCACAAAAAGCCCUGGUCACUGGCGUCCGCCCUCAACAUGCGACGGAUCAGGAAAAGGGUAACGAGCCGACAACUGUAAGAGACUCGCUUCCCGCAGAGAGUGGUUAUGGUUAAGGACAUGGGCCAGGGUAGGAUUGGCGGGACAAAUCAUGUUAUCAGGGCGUUGGACGGCGGCCAGGGCGUUUCGGACACAUUCAUCCUCAUUUUGCCAUGUUUCUAGUGCGAAGGGGCGGCAUUGGUCGCAGGUUUGGAAUUCAGGCUCUCAGAGGGUGCCUUU